AUGGAGAGCAUCUCUGAUGAGACUGACCUUGCACUUUGUACUGAUGAAAAAAAGCAAAUUGUUGUCCCCAACUUAGACCAAUCAAAUGUGACGUCUAACACCAAACAAGUGGCGAAAGAGUGCUACCCACUGUGCAAGGAAAUAGGUCUGGACCUUGAUGUUGCAUCCACCAAACCUAAAAAGAAACUGGAAUUUCAGCUACUGACAAACUGUGUAAUAUUUGAGGUGGAUAAAUAUGCUAACCUAAAAUCUUAUUAUCCUAAAAAAGCCAAAAGUUCUGGGUGUAUUCUCUAUGAUAUUCUAGAAUACAAUUUUGAUCUUAGUUUGCAAAAUCAGAGACGUAAACAAUUUCAAUUAUGUAUUAAUGGUAAAGUGAAAAGAAUGGUUAAGAAACACAAACCUGAGCUCUUGGGAAAGGGAGAAAUCUCUAAAGAAGUGUUCAUAAUACCGAGUGUGAUUGAAAGUAACUGCGCUUUCAGAUUAUUUUCCCGAAAAAAAUAUGGAACAAGAUGCAAGACUGGUAAAUCCUCAUCAUGGUAAAGACACUAUCGCUAUGGACACAGUUGAAACAAUCUCCACUGAUGAAGCAACAAUGCUUGGCCAGGAUAAUGGACCUGCUGACAUCUGCAUAAAGGAGGAGUCAGAUCUUCACUCAGAGGUCAAAUUGGUUUAUUUCUGCGAAGACCAAGAUACCGUCAGCACAUCUGAAGAGCAUUUGAACAAAGAUGGAUCAACACCCAGUAAUAUUCUGACUGGAAAUGUAUUAAGCCUCCCACAGUCACCACUACCGGCUGCAAGAAAGUGGUCCUUUUGA